UACAUACAGACGUCUCUCGUUUACUCUCUCUAGUGAAAAAAUGUAGUAAAAAGGAAUAAUAUUUAUAUAAUUUUCUCAAAGAUUACACUAAAUGUAGGCUGAAUUGUGAGUGUAUGUGAAUAAAGCGCCACGCAGGAUACUUAUUGGAAUCAGAAGAGUUUAAAUAAAGCUUGGAGGUAAGAUGGGGUCGACGCACCUGAACCUGCGCGAGGACGACGUGGUGCGGCUGUCGCUGGAGUUCCUGCACAACCGGGACCUGCACAUCACGCAGCUGUCGUUGGAGCGCGAGACCGGCGUCAUCAAUGGCAACUUCGCCGACGACGUCCUCUUCCUGCGGCAACUCAUCCUCGACGGCCAGUGGGACGACGUGCUCGAGUUCAUCCAACCCCUCAGCGCUCUCAAAGCUUUCGAAGCGGACAAAUUCAAUUACGCCAUCCUCAGACAUAAAUACAUAGAACUACUUUGCAUACGAUCAGAAAUAAAAGCCUACAAUAAUGUCGAAAACAUUGUCGACGAGGUCGUCAAAGUGCUGAGCGAUUUAGAAAAACUAGCGCCCUCUAAAGAAGAAUACUCAAAUUUAUGUUUACUUUUAACUUUACCUAGCAUUACAGAUCACGCACAAUUUAAGAAAUGGAAUCCGAGCAACGCUCGCGUCCAGUGCUUCCGUGAGGUUUAUCCUCUAGUAGAACAAUUUUUGCCGUGCGACAAGAAGUCUAGCGGCACCGUAUCUAAAUGUGCGAAGAACGAUCGACUCAUGCAACUGCUAAUUAAGGGUAUAUUGUACGAGUCCUGCGUUAAUUAUUGCCAGGCCAAGGCUACAGGGUCUAAGGAGGCGCAGUCGAACGAAGUAAAUUUUUCCAGGUUACUGGACGGUUCGGGAUUCGACGAGUCUGAUUUGAGUUUGCUUUCGUGGCUACAAUCGAUACCGGCGGAAACGUUCAGCGUGCCUUUCGAACAACGAAUGCUGAAUGUUGAUGUGGAGAAAUUGGAGCGUCCGUCGCUGCAUACGUCGUGGACGGAGCACAUGUUAGUGACGCCGAUUAAGCCCCGAACGUUCCCGCAUUUGGCGAUGCCGUUUAGGAGGCCACGUUCGGCCGCCGACGCCAUGACGCGCUCGCUGCGCCCGCUGCCCGACGGGGCGCCGCGCCACCCGGCCGUUAUGGCCCUGUCCGCUAUCGACUACGGCCCGUCUUCGUCGUGUUUCGCUGGCUUUCAUCUGACAGGAAUAAAAGGCAGCAAACUGAUGAACACCUCCGUCGAUCGAUUGUUUGACAAUAAUAAUGGCGGUAGCAUUUUCGACAACUUGGAUGAUACUUUGAAACCGAUAGAGGAGAAAUUGAAGCCGAUCGGAGAAGGAAAAACGAAUGAAGGAAAUAGCGUGGGUGCUUCAAACGCGACGACGCCUGAACACAGAGGGCAGGACUACUCGGCCUCGACGUCUAUAUCGACCACCGCAGCGUCGACCGAACGCUCGUCUCUGGCGGAGCGAACACCGCAACAGCCCGAGUCGGCGCUGUUGCCCGCGAUGGAGGGAGACUUUAGACGAGAACUGCUCAAAGAGUAUCAGAUUCAGAAGCAGCGGGAAUGCGACGAUUAUCUCCGAAAUCUUUGCUCAACAGACGCGAGACAAAAAGGCAUGGAACAAGGUGAUUCUCCAGGGCAGCCUCCCGGGGCGAAGUGCCCACCGGGCGGCCCCGGCAAGCCGGACCAGCAACACAUGAGGAAAAAUGACAAUGACGAGUCGGAUGUAAGAGAACAGUCAAACGCACAAAACAGAAAUGGCGGCCAUGGUCUUCCCAUGUCGGCGGGCAACAUGGUCGGAGGCGAGGUGAACGGCUCCCGGCCGACAUUCAAACCGGUCACAGUGCUCGAAGACCUGCAGGCGGUCCGCUGCGCCGAAUUCCAUCCCAACGGAAAACUGUACGCUGUCGGCUCCAACACCAAAACCCUCAGGAUAUGCACCUAUCCCAAGAUAGAUGAUGUCAAGGAUAACAGCGCGCCUUCGGCUCCGACGGUACUGCUUAAACGCACCAAGCAUCACAAGGGCAGUAUCUACUGCCUGGCCUGGAGCCCGGCGGGGGACCUGCUCGCCACCGGCUCCAACGACAAGACCGUCAAGCUGAUGCGGUUCAACAGCCACACCUGCAACCUGGAAGGCCAGGAGGUGGAGUUGACGAUGCACGACGGCACAGUGAGAGACGUGUGCUUCAUAGAAGACACGACGAACAAGACCAGUCUGCUGGUGAGCGGCGGCGCGGGCGACUGCAAGAUAUACGUCACCGACUGCGCUACCGGCAAGACUUUCCAGGCACUAAGCGGUCACUCCGGGCACGUGUUGUCGCUGUACAACUGGGGCGGAGCGAUGUUCGUGUCGGGCAGCCAGGACAAGUCGGUCCGCUUCUGGGACCUGAGGACGGGGGGAUGCGUCAACGUCAUCUCGCCGCCAGUCGGCAGUGCUACCAAGGGUGCAGCCGUGGCGUCGCUGGCUGUGGACCCGUCCGGGCGGCUGCUGGUGUGCGGGCACGACGACGGCUCGUGCGCGCUGCACGACGUGCGCGGCUCGCGCGCGCUGCAGCGGUUCACGCCGCACUCGGGCGACGUGCGCAGCGUGCGCUUCUCGCCCGGCGCCUAUUAUCUGCUCACGGCCGGCUACGACACCAGGGUCGUGCUCACGGAUCUUCAGGGUGAUUUGACCUGCGCCUUGCCGAGCGUCCCCGUGGCCCGGCACCCCGACAAGGUGAUUUCCGCUAGGUGGCACCCAGACGACUUCUCCUUCCUUUCCACUUCUGCAGACAAGACCGCCGUGCUGUGGACGAUACCGCCGGUCUAACCUGCCCAGGUAUCCAUCCGGCUCGUACUAACAUUGAAAAACGAUGGCGCUUUUCUGACUUGGCGAUGCGAAAUCUGCGAACUGGUUCCCAGUUUUAUUGGUGCAGGGAAUUGGUUUGCGCCGGGGGACCGUACUGCUUUGAUUCCGCACUGCUAAAACAGGGCAGGGCAGCGCCUAAUUUGUCUUUCCUGGGCUAGCACAACUAGUCAUCAUAUCGUGACAUUGAGCCUCAUAAUUUCUCAUUAUUAACAAAGUUCAAGCUGUGCUUGCCUCGCGUUUGUGAAUUAUUUUGGCAUAACUAGCUCUUGUUCUGUAGCAUUGGUUUGGCAAAAUUGUUUAUAUUUCAUGUCAUGUCCUCAUUUCGGGAACGGGAAAGACAAAAUAGAAAUGUAAUCUUAAAGCAAUAAGCAAGACGUGGAAGGAUAACGUACAUGGAUCAAGAAAAGUCAACGUGGUUUCGUAUUAGGCUGUCAAGAAGGGGGACCGACAUACGUAUGUAUAUAUUAUUGCUUCACCGACAAGAGUGCUAAAUAUAUGAUCAUGAAUCUAUGUAUGAUCCAAUGUUUAUCAGUUGCGUUGCCUUCAGUAUAAAGUCAAAUUUGCAUUACGACCACCGCGUGGUCGUCGCCUAUAUUUUGAUAUGGAAAGUCACAAAUUAUGGUUACUAUUGCUACAAAAAAUCAGAAAAAGGCUAAGUACGAGUGGUUUGUGUUCAUAAUUUAAAUUUCUCGUGUAAAGUCCUGUAAUAAACUAAUAACAUAGGCAAUGCUUAAAUAUAUAUACAUAAUUAUAUUCUGUAAAUAAAUAAAAUUACGUUUUAAAUUUUAUACGAAAGAUUUUACGAAGGGUGUCUCGGUAAUUCAAUUUGGCGAAGUGUUAGAUUUUUCGUAAAUUGCGGGAGCUUCGCCACCUAGAGUACACACAGUAUGAGAUUUUUUAUACCAUUUGACUUCUAUUUCAUAAAUAAUAAAAUACACCAUACUCUAUGUUCACAAUUCAACUUUAACUAUGAAUCUUUACUGUCCUUUGUUAAUUCUUCCUCCUGGUCAUACGGGAAAGUGACUCAAGUGAUUUGAAAUUGUACUCACGGUUAAUUUUUAAACUUCCUACUACAAUACAGAGUAAUUAUGUUGUUCAUAAAUUUUAUUUCUUUUUACAUUAUGUUGUUAAAUGAAAUAAAUGACUCCGCAGUUAUGUGUCGUUUGU